GUAACUGGGCAUAUCUGAAGUUGAAAAUGAUGGAUACACAGCGGGCUCUGUUGGCUGUGGAGCGGCUUCAGGAGAGGUUGAAGGAGAGAGGAGAGUUGCCUACAGAGGAGAAACUGAACCUCCUGAAGAGUGUUUUACAGAGUCCCCUGUUCCACCAGAUUCUUAUUAUGCAAGAGACUGGACAUCAUCAUCAGCAACUGCAUCAGGGUUCCAUAAAGUUGCCUCGAUCCCAGUCCCUCCAAGGUGAAGUGGGCCGUGUUGGUGCAUCCUGUGCUCUCAGGCACAGUGAAUCCUACCUAUCGGCCCAACGACGAAAUGACCGAUAUGGUUCUGCUAACCAUAUACCAACCACUCCCAUCAUCACAGAGGACGUCCAGUCAACUAUACAGUCCAUGGCAAUGGGUCGCCGUGUGUUGAGUGUGGACUUUCAGAAGGAGGAAGGUGACUUGGGCUUCGAUGUGGUUGACUUACAGGCUGAAUACAAAGGAGGGUCUGGCAUUUUCAUACAGGGAAUUAAGCCUGGCUCAAUGGCCCACAGUGAUGGCCUCCGUGAAUCCGAUCAGAUCCUUGCAGUGAAUGGGGAGGUAUUUGACUCCAGUGUAACCCAGCAGCAGGCCUUCAGAGUGUUGCAGAAUGCUGUCUCCAUGACAACACUCACUGUAGCCAGAGGACCAGUCAGUGAUCUCUAUCCACCACGUAUGAGCCGUGCCGUGUCACUGCCAAGUGUCAGCGGCUCCUUCACUCCAAGGAAUGUCCAACUAAUUGAGCUAGAGACCGAUGUCUCUGGGCUGGGAUUUGGUAUCGUCGGAGGGAAGAGCACAGGCACCAUGGUCAAAACCAUCUUACCUGAUGGAGUAGCAGGAAAGGAUGGGCGCUUGCAGAGUGGUGAUUUGCUCCUCAAGAUUGGUGAUGUGGAUGUAUCCAAUAUGGGCACUGAUGAAGUAGCGCGAGAGCUCCGUCUCGCUGGCACCAAAGUGAGGCUCCUCAUCGCCAGGGAAACCACGGACAGUGACCUCAUGCACUCUGUUGCUCAGCAACAGGAAACACAAGAAGGACAGUGUGCUGAGGGGGAUAAAGAGUUUAUUGUCAGAAUAACAAAGAACAAAAUUGGCCUGGGCAUCACCAUCGCCAGGUCUUUAGAGUACCUGAAUGCAGGCUUCAGUGGCAUUGUAGUGAAGGGGAUUGUCAAGGGCAGUGCAGUGGAUCAGGAUGGACAAGUGCAUAUUGGAGAUCACAUUAUUGCGGUAGAUGGGCGGCGGCUUCAUGGCUGCAGUGAGGAGCGAGCAAUGGAGAUUUUGAGGUCAACAGGUCAUAGGGUGGAGCUCUCUCUACUGCGGAAACAGCUUCAGCCUGCACCCUCUGGUACCUCACAGCCUCGCCCAUCAGUUUCAUCUGUAUCAGAGCCAAAAACAGCACUACCAUCAGGGAAAGGGCUCUCUGCACUCUGCCAAGACCUACGCUUCAGGUCUAAGCUGUCAGAAGAAGAGAAGGCAGAGCUCAAGAGGAAGUGGCAAAGCAGGCUGGGAAAGAAGUACGAAAUCAUGGUGGCCCAGGUGCAGAAGUUCAGUGAAGGCAGUGGUUUGGGGGUGAGUUUGGAGACAAGAGCAGGCUGUCAUUUUAUCUGUUCCUUACUGCCUGAGGGACCAUUAGGCCAGUGUGGCCUACGACCUGGAGACCAACUACUGGAGGUGAACAGAAUACCCCUGGUUGGCGAGACCCAUAAAGAAGUUCUGGUGUUACUGAAGGAUCUUCCCGUGAAUGUGUUUGUGGUCUGCUGUCGCCUGAUCCCACCCACUCCAGAUGAAGAUGAUGAUGAUGACGAUGUUCAGUUUAGCCUCAAGGAACUAAUUGCAGAGUUUUCAGAAAAGGCAGAGCAGAAGAACUGCGCCAGGCAGCUGAAUAGAGGAGCAGAGGACUGUGGGAAGAUGGAGGUCCCUGCUCUGUCCCAACAGGCCAUGUGGCAGGAUGAAAUUCAGGUCUAUGAGCUACAGAAAGGAGAAGCUGGUCUGGGAUUCAGCAUACUGGACUACCAGGACCCAGUGGACCCAAAGAAGACGGUGAUAGUGAUUCGCUCCCUUGUACCAGGUGGUUUGGCUGAGAGAGAUGGACGUUUGUUGCCAGGAGACCGGCUAAUGUUCGUUAACAGCACGGAUUUGAGUCACACCAGCCUGGGUCAUGCUGUUCAUGUCCUAAAAAGCACCAACUACGGCACCGUACACAUCGGUGUGGCCAAACCCUUACCGGAAAAUGACAUUCAAGACACAGGAACCUUUCUGACCAGCAACUGUCAUUCCAGAGAAAGCAACCAGCUCUCCACAGUACAGGAAAACUCUGUGCUACAGAGCAGCAGAAUGGAGGCAGGUACUAAAGUCAGCUCUAAUCAAGCCUGUGGCCUUGAGAAGAACAUCACUGUGGUCAGGGGCAACGCCAGCUUGGGUAUGGCAGUGAGCGCUAUAAAGGAUGGUUCAGGUAUGAUCAUCCGUUCAGUGGUUAAUGGAGGUGCUAUCAGUAAGGACGGCAGACUAGCAGUAGGAGAUACAAUUGUAGCCAUCAACGGAGAACCUGCCACCAAUCUUACCAAUGCACAGGCUCGAGCCAUGUUACGGAGACAUUCACUUUUUGGACCAGACCUCAGUUUCACAUAUGUACCUGCAGCUUUUCUUGAUAUGCACCGAGCCACUAUCGUCCAGUCAAAACAAGAGACGAAUGCAGAACAAGUCACCGCCGUCCGAUUAAUGCAGAUGUUUAAAAUGGACCAAGCCAACAUUGCCCAGUCGGCCCAGCAGCAGGACACUCUCGACAUGGCCUUUCAUAACCUUAAAAGCACCUCUCAACAAGCGGAAGUAGAUGCAGGGAGUACAAAUGGAAAAACUUGGAGACUGAAGGAAAAAGAAGAAGGCCUGUCACAGUGGGGACACAGAGAUGAUCGAGAGAAAAAAGAGGGGGAAAAAAGUGCAGCGAAAGACACAGUUGGCUCAUGGCAAGCAAACGGACAGAGAGAAGAAGAGAAGGAAAGAGACAAAGAGAGUGAGGUGCUGCAGAGAACUGAUCAUGAUUCAUGGAGUCAUCCCAGAAGAGUGACACUAAUCAGGAGGAAUGGAGAAAGUCUUGGCAUCAGUGUUAUUGGUGGGCGUGGCAUGGGUCGUCGCCUGAGCAAUGGAGAAAUGAGGCGGGGAAUCUUUAUUAAACACAUAGCAGAAGACAGUCCUGCAGCAAGAGACAGCACACUCAAACCUGGAGACCGAAUACUACAAGUUGGCGGUGUGGAUGUGAGAGAUUUUACUCAUGAAGAAGCAGUGGAGGCUAUUCGCCGGGCAGGGAACAGAUUGGAACUACUAGUGCAGAAUCCUCAGCUGGACCCUGUGGUCAGGACCCCCUCUCCCAGGGAUGGCCCCAGAAGUCCCCAGGCUAGCAACCUGCGCCCGCCGGAACUCUCUAAUGAGUUCCGGGUCCAAGAUAUGACAUGCCGGAACCUAAGACCGUUCCUUGUGCCCGUAGCCCUCCAGUCUACCAGGUUCUGGAUGCUACCCCACACACGGCGGGAGCUGAGGAGGCGUCAGACCGUGCAUGCCAGGGAGCCGGCAACGAGCCCUGGAAAGGAAUGGGCCGAGGAAUACGGAAGCUUAAGCAGUGCCACAAAUUUGCAUGCCUUGGAGAAGCAGUCCGCAAGGACCAGGAUGACCGUGUUGCCCUUGGAGAGGGGGACCUGUUGCCGCACAGCUGCAGGCACGUACAAAUUUCCAGGAGGACCGCCUCCGGGAUUGGGCUCCUGCUGUGGUGCCUCCCUGAUGGUGGUCUACAGCCGAGGGGUGGGAAUGAUGGGUUCCGGGGAGGGGUCAGGCCCCGAGGCGCCCACUGCCAGGUUCUUGUGGUCAGUCCAGACUACAAAGGGAUGUUUAGACCCCUCAAGCCAGGGCAAGCUUUACGGCCAAAAGCUCCCUGUCUCCAACAUCAUAGUUGCGUUCAGCUGGGGUCGGGCAGCUGGAGAAGGGGGGGAUGUUAACCGCGCCUUGAUCUCCUCGAAAGCCUUUUGGGCUUUGAUGGUCCAACAAAAAGGCACUGGGGACUUCCAGGGACCGGCUGUAAAUGAGUAUGUCGUUGAGGUAAAUAUACGCAUAAUGACCCAGGGCCUCUCUCAGGACCUCAGGAAGCGCUGGAAGACCGCCAGUGCAUUCAUUAGCCCGAAGGGCAUUACCUGGCUGCCCUCAGGGCCCGUCUGCACGGUAACAGAUGGAGUGACAAGUAAGAGCGUUUCAAAACGGCUGAGCAGGCCUUCAGAGAUUACACAGCACAGCGAAGAGGAACAAGUUUCAUGCUGGAGCCGAAUUUUGCAGAGGUAUGGCAGUCUGCCUGGACAGCUGAAGCUGGUUGAGUUGAACUGCAGCACAAACCGCUCUGGUCUGGGUCUGUGUGUGACGGGAAGCAGAGACAGAGCCCGCGGGAGAAUGAGUGUGUACGUUUCGGAGGUUCAACCUGAAGGGGCAGCCGCUGCUGAUGGGCGAAUCAGAGUGGGAGAUGAGCUACUAGAGAUCAAUGGACAGGUAUUAUAUGGUCGUAGUCACCAGAAUGCUGCUGCUAUUAUCAACAGCGCUCCAUCCGAGGUUAAGAUUGUAUUGAACAGGCGUGAAGCUGCAUUGGAACACAUGGCUGCAGAACCAAUAAUGGAGACAGACAACUGUCCCAUCUUAUCACCCUCUGCUGUGGAUAUUGGCAUGUUCAAGGAAGGCAAGCCUGAUGGCUUAGAUCAGUCACUACUGGAGGCCAGGAUUUCUCCCUCUACGAUUAAAGUUUACGUGGCCGCCUUGGCUGGCUACUUAUCCUUAGAUGGGGGCUACUCUCUGAGUUCUCAUAAGCUGAUAGUCACACUAAGACUGCCACCCUGGGAUCUUCCAUUGGUGUUGGAGUUUCUUUAUGGUCCUCCUUUUGAAUCAGCGGAUAAAGUCAUCCUAAGAUGGUUGCCCUCAAAGACAUGUCUUCAUUCUGACACUGGGCUGCCUUGCUCCUCCUGCUAUCCAUCAUACUCCGUGAACACUGACCCCCUGAAGUGCCCUAUCAUACCCGGCCAUUUAAACACCAUAGAACUUUGUAAAGGGCACUCUGGCCUGGGACUUAGCAUUGUCGGUGGCUGCAACACAUUACUGGGAGUGAUUCUGAUUCAUGAGGUGAAUGAGGGAGGUGCAGCUCAUAGGGAUGGGAGACUACUUGCAGGAGAUCAAAUUCUUGAGGUGAAUGGUAUAGAUCUAAGAAUGGCCACUCAUGAGGAAGCGCUGAGCGUCCUGCGCUUGAGUCCACAACGCGUGAGCCUCUGUGUGUAUAGACACCCAUCCACACACACCUUCCACAAGCAGGCGACACACACUCAUGAAGACAUGUGGGAUCUUUUCAUCGUAGAGCUUCAGUUAGGACCAGGACAGGAGCUGGGGAUGAGCAUUGUGGGUAAAAGGGAUGAUACGGGAAUAUUUCUGUCUGAUAUAACGAAUGGUGGCGUGGUACAGUUAGAUGGAAGACUGUUGCUAGGUGACCAGAUUCUGUCUGUAAACGGAGAGGACAUCCGGGCCGUGACUCAAGACUAUGCCAGCACAUUAUUACAGAACUGCAGUGGGUCAGUGGUGCUGGAAGUGGCACGUUUUAGAGCUAUUCCACCCUACUCAUAUGAGUGCCAGGUCGGUAUUGUGGAUGUCUCUCCUUUUUCUGCUUCUCAUAUUCAUGACUCUGUGGAAGGGAACGUAGACAUCAGAACAGUCACACUUCAGAAGGGUAUCUCAGACUCUCUGGGGCUGCAUUUGAGUGCAGUUGGAGGUUUAAAGGAGGAAGCAGAGCUCUAUGUGUCUGCCAUAGACCCGGAUUCAGCUGCUGCCUACUCUGGACUACUGGAGGUAGGUGAUAGGAUUGUCAGCAUCAACGGCACAUUGACCAAAGAGCUCUUACACACAGAGGUCAACACCCUCCUGAGAAAGACCAGUGGGGCCAUCACUCUGGAGGUGCGGGUUUGUGUAUGUCCGUGUGAAAAUGUGAUGUUCUUCCUGAUAAAUGGCAAGUGUAUGUGCAUACAUUGCAGUUCACAGUACAAGACGAUAUCUCUGGAGCGAGGUUCUGCUGGUCUGGGCUUCAGCAUCGUGGGAGGUUUGUGCAGUUCCCAUGGAUACCUGCCCAUUUAUAUCAAGAACAUCUUCCCCAAGGGAGCUGCAGUGGAGGACGGGCGCCUGCAGUGUGGUGAUAGGCUGGUGGCAGUGAAUGGGCGGAGUCUAGAAGGCAUCUCACACUCUGAAGCUGUGGAGAUUCUGAGACGUGCCAGGGGAUCAGUCACGCUCACCGUACUGUCUCAAACACACCUCGCACGCCGAUAAUGACAGACACACCAUACCUUCACUGAAACAUUUCUGUAGCUUUAUCUUCUAAGACUUGGUAGUACAAUUUUUUGCUGGGCAAGUCGAGGGGAAGGACAUCAGUUAAUUAAACAGUUUAUAAGAAUUUUUUAUAUAUUUUUUUAAGAUUUCAUUUCACCACCUAGCUUGGGUAACUUUCAUUCCUGGUCUUAAAAUAUUUUGUUAACACUUUACUGGUGGGACAGUGUUCAUAAGCUUAUCAUGACAGCUGAUUAUAAACCUACAUAAAUAUUUACAAGGGCUUAUUCCAAAAAGCAUCAUUUGUCACAGAUAUAAUAUAUAUUUACCUCCCCUUCAAUAAUUAUAACUCAGCAUAAUUAAUUCAGCAUAAAAAAUUAAUUUAUUUCGAAAUAACUGUACACUUCCUUUAGAAGUGUGUGUUCUCAUAAGUGGUAUUCCAUAACUGCUUAUUAAAUGUAAUAUUUAGAUAAAGGAAAAUGCUUUUUAAGCUUUUAAGCUGUUCUGAGUAAAACUCUGGAUGUUUUUUUAUUUAGUAAUUUAUGCAUUUGUCUCUAUCCAUUUAUGGAUUUUGUCACUAUUAAACUCAGUAGAAAUAAAUGGCCAUGGUCGGACAAUCUAACAAGCGUUAACAUACUCUACUCUGUCACUUAAGAAGAGGCUUGAUUCUCUGUGUUACACUGACCAUUAAGACUACUGGAUAUUUAGGUUGGAACUCUUGUAGUGAAAUUAGACUGUUUCUAUAUUACCAAAAGGUCUUUAAUAUUUUUUGCCAUUUCUUUCCUACGGCUGGGUGCCCCUGGACCC